AUGAAUUCCCCCCAACUGUAUAUCCAAAAUGAUAAAGGCAAAUCUUGCCAUGCGCACAGGGGUGAAAUCAAGUCAGGAAAAAAAACAGAAGCAAAAAAAGACAAAACGAAUGUAUCAACAAAAACUCGCGAACAAACAUUAAACAAAACAAAAGUGGAACACCACCUAAACAAUACUGCUAACACAAAUGGUGAAGGACACAAAAGUGACAAGGGGAACAGCACCCAUGAAACAAAUUCAAGUGUUAAAGACAAAACACAAAAAAGAAAUGGUCCUCAAUUCAUACAAGUAAAAAGUGAUGAUAAAUACCUUAUCCAUCUUCUCAAGAAACAAAAUGUACAAAUUCAGUCGGAAACAUGUGAAGACGAUUCCGUUAAGAAGAGAAAAAAUGCUACCCCUUCCUCCAGUAGCCAGUCCAUGGAAGACAACUCAAGUGACGACUUUCAAUGCACAGAUAUUAUAGAGGAGUUUAAAAAAAAAAAGAAGCGAGAGUUAGAGGACAGAAAGAAAAAACGAAUAAGGGAUAGAAAAAACAAGUUAAUAAGGAAGCCAACCUACAGGGACGAAGAAACGCAAGUCUUCCUUGAUGACUUUACCAAAUAUUACGAGUAUGAAAAAAUGGAAAAAAAACAUCUACAUAUAAUCUACGAAGACCAAGAAUUAAGUAAAAUAAUAAACAAAAUAAAUCAUUACGAACAAAUCAGACAAGACAAAUAUCAAUCCCUUAAAAACUACGAACAUAAUAGUGACAAUUUUUACAAUCAAACGCAACAUAAAAUAAAAGACAGGAUCCUACUCAAAAAGAAAGUCGAAAUUAUUAUGAAAAAAAAAAUUGCACAUAGUAAAGCACAGAAGAACAUGCACUUAAUACUGCAGAAAAACUUGGACCUGUAUUCCUUGAUGGAUUAUUUCCCAAGCGGCUUGGAGAAAAACAUGAACCUAAUGGUGCUCCCAUGGCUGGCGGACUUAAUUCAGUACUUGAUAAGGGUGAAAAAGGACAUAGUGCACUACGUCAUCACGGACAUGAUAGAAAACAGCUUUGUUUCCAGAACCGAGAUACUUGAGGCCUAUAAAAGGUUAAAACAAGGGGCCCCACACAAAGCCUAUAUCCUUAUCUAA